CUUGUUGCGCGUGCGCUAACUACUACUCUACUUUUCCUCCUUUAACUUCCAUCUACCGGACAGAAAGACACGGAGACAAGACACGAAGUCAGUAGGAUGCUAGAAAAUCAGUAGGAUGCUGGAAAACUGGAGAAAAGGAAGCGAAUAACAGAACUUUUACGUGAUAUUUAGAUUACAGUCAAAGUUAUAGGCGCACCUGGAGACACCUGGGCGCGCGCAUGACUUAAAGAGCAACAAGUGCGCCUGGAUAGACGGGAAGAUUCACGAGUUUUUGUCUUUUUAGGUGAUAAUACGAGUGUAAGGACUGUGUGAGAAAGAGUGAGUGAGGAAGAAGUGUGUGUAGAGAGAGUGAGAAGAGAUGGCGGGGUGUUGUUUAUCCGCAGAGGAGAAGGAGCGCCGGAGGAUCAAUCAGGAGAUUGACAAGCAGCUCCGCCGUGAUAAGAAUGACUCCAGGAGAGAACUGAAGCUCCUGCUGCUGGGUACAGGUGAGAGUGGGAAGAGUACCUUUAUUAAACAGAUGCGUAUCAUCCAUGGAGCCGGUUACACCGAGGAAGACAGAAAAACUUUCACGAAGCUGGUGUUCCAGAAUAUCAUCACGGCCAUGCAGUCCAUGAUCAGAGCUAUGGAGACGCUUUCAAUAGCACUGGGCACUCCUGACAACAAGACCUAUGCUGAUUUGCUGAUCGAGGUGGAUGUUGAUAAGAUGAUGGAGUUGGAGGAAAGCUAUGUGGAAGCCAUUCGCUGCCUAUGGAAGGACCCAGGCAUCGCUGAAUGUUACGACCGCCGCCGUGAAUACCAGCUAACUGACUCCGCCAAAUAUUACCUGAGUGAUCUGGAUCGUAUUGCUGAUCCAGCAUAUCUCCCCACUGAGCAAGACAUCCUGAGGGUACGAGUGCCCACCACUGGUAUCAUCGAGUACCCGUUCGACCUGGAAAACGUCAUCUUCAGGAUGGUGGAUGUUGGUGGACAGAGGUCUGAGCGCAGGAAGUGGAUCCACUGCUUUGAGAACGUCACCUCCAUUAUCUUCCUAGUGGCGCUGAGCGAAUACGACCAAGUCCUUGUUGAGUGUGACAAUGAGAACCGUAUGGAGGAGAGUAAAGCUCUGUUUAAGACCAUCAUCACCUACCCAUGGUUCCAACAGUCCUCAGUCAUCCUCUUCCUUAAUAAGACGGACAUUCUGAAGGAGAAGAUCGCAUAUUCCCACCUAGCCACUUACUUUCCAGAGUUCACAGGCCCUCAGGGUGACCCGAAAGCAGCGCAGGAGUUUAUUCUGAAGAUGUACCAGGAGCAGAACCCAGACAAAGAGAAGACCGUUUACUCCCACUUCACGUGCGCCACCGACACCGAGAACAUCCGUCUGAUCUUCGCCGCCGUGAAGGACACCAUCCUUAGAAGCAACCUGAAAGAUUUCAACCUAGUUUAGCAGAACUUCCUUCACACCUUCUCUCGGGUCUCUAAUCUGGAUAGCAAAAAAGAUCCUCCAGAUGUGUUUAGUGGAAGGACUCUGGGACUGAAUUGGGAUUUGGAGAUACGGGUUCACACCUCACUGAGGCCAUAUUCUGAGUCUGAAGAAGCGGUUUGUUUCUUUUUAGAUCUUCGUCCGAGGCUGUAACACACUAAAUAGAGGAAAGUAAUUCAGUUGUAGCCGCUGAUGGUUGAGUUACUGAAUGUAGUGGUGAUUUUGGUAAAGGGCACAACGUUUAAGAUUUUCUGAAUGUCAAAAAAAAAACCCUAAAAAAAAAAUUACUUGUUUGUCCUUUACUGGCCAUAUACAGAAAUGCUUACAAAUGAAUACAGAAAAUUACAGAAGUGCAAAAAGUUUACAUUUGUAGCCAUAUGCACAGGCAGAAAAACGCUUGUAAGGAGAAAACGCCUUCACUGUGCCUUAGCUUAAUUACACGCGCUUUAAGUCAAAUCGUGAAAGGUCAACUUUAUCCUAUUUAUUUUCAGUUUCAACAACAAAGUAUAUUUCUUUCAAAUAAAACUUAACACUGUUUUCCCGCUCUUACGACUCAACUUUAAUUGCAGUUAAGAAGGCUUUUUGAGAAUGUCUGAGAAAGUAAAACCAUCUUUACUACCUUUGACGACAUUUUUGGUGUGUAAAAUAUGUAGUUCGUGGAUUUUGUGAUAUUUCCACAGAUUUAUCUUCUCUGUAUUUAAACCACAUGUUCUAUUUAGACUGAAUGAAUGAAUGAAUGAAUGAGUAAAUAAAUACAAAAAACCUCAAAACUUGUACUCUCAAAUUGUCUUAAUUCUGCUGUAAACUAAUAAAAUAUUUUUAAAAGGU